AUGUACCGCCAAAUUCUCGUACAUCCUGAGGACUGCAGCCUUCAAACGAUACUGUGGCGUCAACACAAAACGAGCGAGAUCCAGGAGUACGAGCUGCUGACGGUGACCUACGGCAUGGCGUGUGCACCGUUCCUGGCCAUCCGAACGCUGCGGCAACUCUGUGCGGACGAAGGGGCGCAGUUUCUUCAAGGGGCCACAGCACUUCGGCGAGAUUGCUACGUCAACGACGUAGUCACCGGAGCGGACGACCUCGGCGAUGCCGUCAACCUCCAGACAGAGCUGCGCAAUCUCUGCAUGGCGGGCGGAUUUCCGCUGAGGAAGUGGGCUUCAAACAAUCCGGACGUCCUCAGCGGAGUCCCACAGGAGCAUCGGCUGCAGCAAGGACCACAUUCCUGGGACGACGAGAGCCAUUCGACCUUGGGUCUGCGAUGGCAUCCUCAAGAAGACCGGUUUGCCUUCGCCAUACAUCCUCGUGUAGUCAGCGAGUUUACGAAGCGACGAGUCCUCGCAGAGACUGCACGGCUGUUUGACCCGAUGGGCUGGCUCGCACCUGUCGUGAUUCGGGCGAAGAUCCUGAUCCAGACCACCUGGCUUCAGCAACUCGACUGGGACACUCCACUACCUGCCAAGGACGUCAAACGUUGGCAACAGCUGCUGAACCAGCUACCUCUGCUCAGCAACAUACGGGUGAAUCGCUGGCUCAGCACCGACAGCGAUUACUCCACGUUGCAGAUCCACGGCUUCGCAGAUGCAUCAGAGCGAGGAUAUGCUGCCGCCGUUUACAUCCGCAACUCUGGAAAGGAACAAAUCACAAUCAAUUUAAUCAUGGCGAAAUCCAAAGUCGCGCCCGUCAAGCCAGUUUCGUUGCCUCGCCUUGAACUGUGCGCUGCUGUGCUACUCACCACGUUGACGUUGCAUAUCCGAAACACCCUCGGCUUGACAUCAACUCCAGUACACCUGUGGUCCGAUUCCAAGGUCACUCUCCAUUGGAUCCAGGGACACGCCGCUCGCUGGAAAACGUUCGUCGCCAACCGGGUGGCUCACAUCCAGACUCAGCUCCCGGACGCUCAGUGGAGACACGUGGCCGGGAAGGACAAUCCUGCAGAUUGCGCAUCACGAGAAAUUAAUCCGGAAGAGUUAGUCAAUCACACGCUAUGGUGGACUGGACCUACCUGGUUGGCAUUGGACGAGACAGCGUGGCCCAGCUCAGAGGUCGACAUCGCAGAGGACGACCUUCCGGAACAACGCACCACCAGCCUGAUGACCAAAGGUGCCGUCAUCGUUGAACCGGAUCUUCUCCUUCGGUUCUCCACACUCCAUCGGCUGCUGCGCGUUACGGCCUGGUGUCGUCGAUGGCUCAACGUGGCGAGCCGAGAGGUCACACUUGGUCGUCCGCUGCAUCCUGACGAGCUGGACGCCGCCCUACUCCAGUGGCUUCGAAUUGUGCAGGCACUCCACUUCCCGGACGAGGUAGCCGCUGCCAACGCGGGACGCCCCGGUCCACCACGCAGUUCACUGAUCAAACUCAGUCCAUUCCUCGACGACCAAGGUGUACUGCGCGUAGGAGGGCGCCUCAAACACGCUCUGCUGCCUUACGACGAGAAGCACCCGGUGAUCGUUCCGCCGGCCUCCUGGAUGACGCGACUGCUCAUCGAGUCCUGCCAUCGUCGGUCUCUACACGGCGGCGUCCAGAUGACUCUCGGCUUGCUUCGUCUUCGAUUCUGGGUGCCACGAGGAAGGACCGUCAUUAAGCAGCAACUUCAUCGGUGCGUCACUUGCACUCGCUGGCGAGCGGCCACUCCACAGCCUCCAAUGGGCAACCUUCCGCGUGACCGAGUGACGCCGACUCGGCCAUUCCUGAGCACUGGCCUGGACUACGCGGGACCCAUCUUCAUCCGGACCAGCAAGGGGCGCGGACACCGCUCACAGAGAGGAUACAUAGCUGUCUUCGUAUGCUUUUGGUCGAAGGCUAUCCACCUCGAGGUCGUCUCGGACUACAGUUCCGAGGCCUUCAUCGCCGCCUUACGCCGCUUCGUCUCCCGCAGAGGCCUGUGUACGGACGUGUACAGCGACUGCGGCACGACGUUCGUCGGCGCCGAUCGCACCCUGCGCGAGCUCUUCAAGGCGUCAUCUUCCGAGGGCCAUCACAUCGCUCGCGCCGCCAACAAUCAAAGGAUCCGCUGGCACUUUAAUCCGCCAGCGGCCCCUCACUUCGGUGGCCUGUGGGAGGCUGCCGUAAAAUCCACAAAAUUCCACCUCCGUCGAGUAAUCGGCGAAACCACCCUCACAUAUGAGGAGCUUAGCACACUCCUCACGCAAAUCGAGGCGUGUCUUAAUUCUCGUCCGUUGCAGGCUUUAUCAGACGAUCCGGACGACACUUCGGCGCUCACACCAGGCCACUUCCUCAUCGGGGCGCCGCUAUUAGCCGUACCUGAGCCAUCGUUGACUGGUCAACCAGCAUCCACACUGUCACGCUGGCGUCAUCUCCAAUUGAUGCGAGACCAUUUUUGGCAGCGUUGGUCAGCGGAGUACGUGCACGGCCUCAACCCCCGCACCAAAUGGGUCAAGGCCGAGGCCGCACCUCACGUGGGGGACCUCUGUCUCAUUCGUUCGGAGCUCACCCCUCCGACCCGAUGGCCUCUCGCACGGAUCACGAGACUGCAUCCCGGGGACGACGGUAUCGUCCGCGUGGUUUCGGUCCGCACCGCCACAUCCGAAUUCGUGCGCCCGCUCGUUAAAUUAGUCAUGCUUCCGGGCGCGGAUCGUAUUCCUGGCAUGACUAACGCGGACACGUCGUCCGCCGGCACAUAA